AUGGCCAAACGGACGCGCGUCGCGCCGCCGGACCUCGCGCCCGAGCUUCUCGAAACAAUUGCCGCGUUCGUACCGCGGCAGCACGAGGUUGAUGUGCUUCUUCGCUCGCUACCCGCAGCGCAGCUCUCGACGCCGCUGCUGGGCUUGCGUACGCUCUUUGCAGCGCUGUACGGUGGCCGUCUCGGCGUCGACGGCGUCACGCUCUGGCCACGACUCUGCCUUCCGCACGCACUGCCCGACGACGCUGCGUUGCUCGCGCAACUCAGCGCCGCCUUGUCACUGUACCGUGGCACUGUCGCGCUCUCGUGGAGCAGUGCCCGUGUCGUCGCGCCCGCCUCGACCUCGAUCGCGCUGACGCUGCCGAGCCCGAUGCCAUAUCCUUCCUGGCCGAGCGAGCGACUGACGGCGCUCUCAGUUACACUCAGUCCGCACGCGGCGUGGACCCGCGGCGCGCUCCUCGAACUCUGCGCCGGCCUGCGACGCCUGCCGGUACUGGCCAGGUUGUGUGUGCACUGGGCGCAAGCUGCCGAGGACUUUGGCUACCUUCUUCAAGCCAUUACGCACUCGCACGUCGUCGAUCUCGAGCUGCACUUUGCGCGCGACGAUCGUAUGAGCUGGAACGCCGACGCCGUGACGACGAUCGCGUCCUGGCUGCAAUCCCGGCCCGUCACCGCACUCAAGCUCGGGUACCUCAAGGUCGACGAGCCAUCAGUCGCCGCCUUUUGCGCAGCGCUGCACGCCUGUCGCACGCUGCAGUCGCUGUCACUGGACCAAGGCGCGCUGGCCCACUCUUACUUUGUCGACACUCAAGUGCCGCCGACGUUGACGUCCCUUACCGUGCACGGCUGUCGCUACGCCGGCAUGCGCAGCGUCAUGGCGUGCCUCCAGCAUGCACAGCUCGAGACGCUCCAUCUCUCAUUCCUAAUGCACGAGCAGCGCAAGGACGACGAGCUGCUUCGAUUUGUCACCGAGACUCUCCCGACGCUGCCCCGGCUGAUGUCCCUCGACUUGCCCCACUACAGCUUUUGCCCGGCCUCGAUCGCCGCAUACGUGUCGCUGGCGCCGCAGCUCCGGGACCUCAAUUUCGAGACGGGCCAGAUCAAAACGCAAGCCGGCGCCGACGCAUUAAUUGCGGCCUUGCCCCUCUGCGCGGCCACGCUGCGUAGCUUCAAGAUGAGCAACCUCUUGUACAGUACUCUUGCAAUGACCCGCGCGCUCGCACACUGCACCGCGCUUACCCACGUGACGCUUCGUGGCAGCCGCCUCGGUGUCGACGGCGCAACAGCCAUCGCGGCGGCCAUGGCGUCGCUGCCGCUGCUGCAAGAGCUCAAUCUGAGCUCGAAUGCGAUUGGUUCGGGAGGUGCCACCGCAAUUGCAGACGCUGCCGUAUCCCAUUGCCAUCGACUCGUCGACCUCAACCUCAAGACGAAUGGUAUCACAUGCGACGGCGCGGCCGCCUUGAGCCGCCUUUUGCCGCAGCUCGUAUCGCUCGAGCUCGGCUUGAAUCAGAUCGGACGCGAUGGCGCGAGAGCGCUCGCCAUAGCCAUCCCGAGCAGCAUGGCCUUGCGCUGGCUUGGCCUGGGCUAUAAUGCGAUCGGCGUGGACGGGCUACUGGCGAUGAUCGAAGCGGUGGCCAUGGCUGCCUGUCCGUGGCAGCGCAUCGGUGUCAGCGCUACUGGCACGGACGACGCCGCGAUUGCGAUUUGCCGCGAGGCCAUUCGUCGCUUAUCGUACCCGUACGUACUUGUGCUGUAA